AGGAGUUUGUGGACGGUGCCUGCCGCCCCGCCCCGCCCGGUGAAUGGAGCAAUGCCGCCGAGCCGGCCCGCGUGUCGGCUGCAGACGCUCCUAGGACGGGCGGGCAGGUCCCUGCGGCUCGCACGAAUCAGCAGCACCCCGGCGGCGGGCGGCAUGGACAGAGGAAAUGUCAUUUCCCACAAGGACAUGAAAGCACUGGUCACCGGCGGGAAGGCUCGGAUUAUCGAUGUGCGGUUGCCGGGAGAGGUGGCGAACGGCCAUAUCGCCAACUCAGUCAAUAUUCCAGUGGCAGAAGUCGAGGAAGCCCUGAAGAUGGACCCUGAGACGUUUAAGAUGAAGUAUGGUGUGGACAAGCCACGGAUGGAUGACGAGAACUUGAUCUUCCACUGCCAGAUGGGCAGGAGAGGGGCUCAGGCCACAGAGAUCGCCAUGACCCUCGGCUACGCCAAGGCCCGUAACUAUGCAGGUGGCUACAAGGAAUGGUCUGAGAAGGAAGGGAAGUGAAGUGGGAACGACUCCCCGAGGGCUGGUGUCUGUCCCUCCACGCCUAGCAGCUGCUUUGCCCUGAGGACUCUUCCUUCACUUCCUUGCUGCAACGUCAUCCCAUUGCUGCUGACACCUGAUGCUGGGAUGGGAACGCUCUGGGUCCUGGUGGGCUCUCGGCUAAGGCACCUGUCUGAGAAGCUGCCACUCUGCUUUCUGUCUCACUUUCCAGACCACUUGUUAUGUUGGAGCAUAUUAAAGUUCUAUAUUAAAA